AUGCCGCAUCUUCGUUCCUUCAAGUUCUCUUGGACCUCCUUUUGGAGCCGUGACGAUGAGGAGCGGAACGUUCCCGCUGCGGGCUUCCACAACCCGAACGACUAUGGUGGGAGCAUGCUUGCGAUCGCUCCGAACACUGGGGGACUUGGGGAGCCUUUGAACGUCAUCGUCUCAGGCCACUCCGAUGAGGCCGUCCUGGUGGAUCAAGAGAUCGGCAGAGGGUUUAGGAGCUACAUGGUAGCUGUCGGGUUUGCGUCGGAGUGUCUGGGCCAGCAUUCGGGAAACCCACAAACUGCAAAUUUGGGCGAUGGAGACGGCAUGCAGAAUGAGACGGCAGUGCUCAGAUAUCAUUAUGGCGACCCGGUGCUUGGGACAUGCAAAGAGUCGAUCCAGGGAGGCAACCAUUUCCGCUACUGGGCCCAGGAGGGUGCGGAGAGAAACAGUGGAGCGUACUUCCUCGCGACCUCCGAGGAGAAGUCUAUCAACUUCGGGCACGAUAUCGUUUUCAACGGAUACAACGUCGGGCGAGAUUGGCUGGUCGGAAACGCUACUGCUCAGUCAUCAGUUAUACCCACCCUCAACCUCACGAACGGCACCACGUACGCGGGCAGCAUCUCAUACAACAACUACACGUACUACACAGAAGCGAUAUACCUCUCCGGCAUCCUCCAGAACAGCUCAAACGGCGUGAAUCACGCGUUCAGCGUCGGCACGGACUCCAUGUCUCCGGUAGACGGCCUCGUCGCUGUGCUAACUGUGAAGAUCACUGCAACACCGUCUUCAUCCGAUACGUGA